ACGACACGAUACACGGUCUCCCGCCUCCCGCACUCCCGCCCAAAGCAGCAGUCAAACAAGCGGCACGGCGGUGUGUGUGUUGCCUGGUGUGUACCCGCUCGUCCUGGCUCCGAACUCGCUUGAUGUGUGUUGAUGUUGCUUUGCCUCCACACAGUACACACAUAAUUUGGCUAAUCUGUACUCCCAUGGUCUUGUCCAGGCCUGUGCACACAUUUAGCCAGUCAAAAACUACAACAACGAGUACUAAACAUCCAGUCCAGUCUCUGCUUAUAUUAUACCGGCACCAAGAUGAACGCCAGAGUAGAGACAAACAGUCUGAUUGCCGCUGUAAAACAGAAUCCAGUCAUUUGGGAUAGAAGUUUAGAAGCCUACAAAGCCAAAAAAGCCACAGCAAAUGCAUGGAACGAGGUAUGCUCUACUGUGAACGCCGACUUCAAGGAUAUGAAUAUGAAAGAAAAAAAUCGCUAUGUAACAGUCGUCAUGAAGAGGUGGAAGAACAUACGGGAUGGAUGGGUGAAGGCUCGAAAGAGGAUUUCGAGCGGGCAAAAGUCAGAAUCUACUGCAACCGUCAAGAAGUCCUUUUUGUACGAUGGACAGCUACUGUUCUUGAAUAAACUUAUUGAGAAUCCUCAUGGCGAAUGUCUAGAAACAGAAUCAAGCUCUGGCCAUGAUCACGACGCAUUCUCAGCGAAACCCUCUCCUGCUUCUUCAAUCGAAAUUACACCUACAGAGGAAGAAUGUAAAGCAGAAAUGAAAGGCAACAAUCCGGUACCAAAAAUGAAAGCCAGAAAGGUCGAUAUUAGGGAACAUAUCCCUUUUGCCUCGUCGGAGGGUUUUCCGUCUCAAGAGAACAGACAUUUUUCCUUUUUUAAAGGAAUCAUCCCAUCCCUCAACAAGCUAGACGAGGAAGAAGUCCUCGAGUUUCAGGCGGGUGUUAUUAAUAUCUUGCAGACACUCAUAAAGAAACGCCCUCUAUCACAAAGAUGAGGAGAGCUGCAUUGCUUUCACAUAUCUGUAGCAUCGAUGAUUCAUAUUAUUAUUAUUAAAUAUAAUAAUAUGUAUUUCCCAAUUCAAAAUUGAUUUGAUGUUGGAUAUUGCCAAAACACUCGUUUUCGGAACAUUUUUUUUUUCUCUUCAGAAAGAAGCCUAAACAUAUAGUCAAACUUUAUGGAUUUGUCUAAUACAAUUUGUGAACUCUUUUCAUGUAAGACAAAGGAUUCUUUUGAAACCUGCUCCUGGCUUUAAAUGUUAUUUUCUUCUUUUUUUUUCAAGACGGUCCAUCAAACUUCCUCUUUUUCUCAUAUAAAAAGGUUUUUGUGUUUUAAUGAGCCUGUACCAGAACGUGGUACCCCUAAACAUGUCACAGAGGUCAAAAAUUAAAAACUACUUAGUUUCCCGUUUCAAUACCACGAAUAUGUAGGUAAUUAGUGUUAUUUUCAUAAUCAUGUGCUGUCGCUGCCGCAAAAUAAAUAUUUUGCAAUAAAUUUAGAUGUUAGAUGGUCACUUUUGGAUUCUGCCGUGCAUAACUAUGAUGACAGGAAAUAUCUACUAGUGAUAAAAUUUGAACGGCCAAAUUGUUUAAAGUUGGUAUCUGUACUACCUGUUACGCCAGUAUCGAGCCUU